ACGCUGUGGGCGGAGAAAGAGCGGGGAGCGAGCGGAGUGGGCGGAUGCUGCUGCUGGGGCUUUCUCCUUCCCUUUCCAAGAUGGCGGCGCUGAGUGUAAACAAGGUCGGGCCUGGCGCAGGGAUAGAUGCCGGGAGCAGGCCGGGACGGAGUCCGGGAGGCCCGGUAGUGAAGGUUCUGGAAUGUGGAGUCUGUGAAGACGUAUUCUCAUUACAAGGAGACAAAGUUCCUAGACUGCUUCUGUGUGGCCAUACUGUUUGUCAUGACUGCCUCACUCGACUUCCUCUCCAUGGCAGAGCAGUUCGAUGUCCUUUUGAUCGGCAGGUUACUGAGCUAGGAGACUCUGGAGUGUGGGGUUUGAAGAAAAACUUUGCUCUAUUAGAACUCCUGGAGCGACUGCAAAAUGGGCUUGUUGGUCAGUGUGGAUCAAAUGAAGACACUAUUGGCCUUUCUGGAGAGUGUAUCAUCCGUUGCGAUGAAGACGAUACUCACCUUGCUUCCGUAUACUGCACUGUGUGUGCCACUCACCUCUGUGCAGAAUGUUCCCAGCUUACACAUUCUACAAAGACACUAGCAAAACACAGGCGUGUGCCACUUGCUGAUAAACCUCAUGAGAAAACAAUGUGCUCUCAGCACCAGGUGCAUGCUAUUGAAUUUGCAUGCUUGGAAGAAGGUUGUCAAGGCAGCCCCCUUAUGUGUUGUGUCUGCAAAGAAUAUGGAAAGCACCAGGGUCAUAAACACAGUGUUUUGGAACCAGAAGCCAACCAGAUCCGUGCUUCCAUUUUAGACAUGGCUCAUUGUAUCAGAACUUUCACAGAAGAAAUUUCAGAUUACUCCCGGAAAUUAGUUGGAAUAGUUCAACAAAUAGAAGGAGGAGAACAGAUAAUUGAAGAUGGCAUUGGAAUGGCCCAUACUGAACAUGUCUCAGGUACUGCAGAAAAUGCUCGUUCUUGUGUCCGGGCCUAUUUUUCUGACCUUCACGAGACCCUUUGCCGCCAAGAGGAAAUGGCGCUUAGUGUGGUUGAUGCCCAUGUACGAGAAAAACUGAUCUGGCUUAGGCAGCAACAGGAAGAUAUGACUAUUCUGUUGUCACAAGUUUCAACAGCUUGUCUUCACUGUGAAAAGACUUUGCAACAGGAUGAUUGCAGAGUUGUCUUGGCUAAACAAGAAAUUACAAGAUUUCUAGAAACUCUACAAAAGCAGCAACAACAAUUUACAGAGCUUGCAGACCACAUACAACUUGAUGCUAGUAUUCCAGUUACUUUUACAAAGGAUAACAGGGUACACAUUGGACCAAAAAUGGAAAUCCGGGUUGUAACUCUUGGACUAGAUGGAGCGGGCAAAACAACAAUUCUGUUUAAACUAAAGCAAGAUGAAUUUAUGCAACCUAUUCCAACAAUAGGUUUUAAUGUUGAAACUGUUGAAUAUAAAAAUCUGAAGUUCACUAUUUGGGAUGUUGGUGGUAAACACAAGCUACGGCCUUUAUGGAAACAUUAUUACCUCAAUACACAAGCGGUGGUGUUUGUUAUUGACAGCAGCCACAGAGACAGGGUCAGCGAGGCACACAGUGUACUGGCCAAACUGUUAACAGAGAAAGAGUUGCGAGAUGCGCUGCUGCUGAUCUUCGCCAAUAAACAGGAUGUAGCAGGGGCACUUUCCAUAGAAGAAAUCACAGAAUUGCUGAGUCUUCAUAAACUCUGCUGUGGCCGUAGCUGGUACAUUCAAGGUUGCGAUGCCCGAAGUGGCAUGGGACUGUAUGAAGGACUGGACUGGCUGUCCAGGCACCUGGUAGCUGCAGGAGUACUGGAUGUGGCUUAAGGCCCUACUAUGAGAGGCAUUAAACUUGAAGAUCUGUUAAUUUAUUUGUGUGACUUAAGUAGUCAAA